AUGGAAGCUAGCGCUACAGCAUGGGAGCUAGACAGCGACGAGAUCGCAUCCAUCGCCUCUGAGGACCUACGCGAGAACAGACCAAAUCGUUGGACAGGGCCAAAAUCUACAUGGCGCACCCUUACAGAAGAGGAUAGACUGCUGUGGCAGUCGAUGAAGCAGCUCCAGGACCAGGAUCUUUCUGUGCAUCUUUACAAUGCCUUUGCGUUGAAGCGAAGAAGUCGAGAUGCGGAAUCUGCCCAGGACCUGAUGAUCAAGACGGUCCCUAAGGAACGGCUCAUCAACAGCCAACCUGACGAGGAUGAUCGCUUCACAUUUCGCAGACAAGAAGAAAUUCUGCCAAGUACCGAGUUAGAAGAGGAGGUUUCGGCAACUAUUCUACGGACUGCCAAGCGGCGCUUUCGCAAGAGGAUGAGCAACAUGGCACCUCGCCCUUCUAUCGAAGAGAGCGGCAACGACACACCUGUACCCCCAUCAAGAGAGUCAUCCAUAAGGCCUGAAACAGAAGAUGAGGGCGAGAAGAUGAUUGUCGAUGCUGAGGGAACCAAAAUGGCUAGUAGAGGGGGACGCAAGACGUACCAGCCGGUAGAGUCGACCAACGACGAGCUAUCCUACCAACUACUACGACCAUCCGUUCGCCAUAUUCUAUCGCAACUCGACGCCACACUAUCCAUCCUCCACAACUCGCGACUAGCAGGGAUGAGCUACAUGUCCGAUUCCUCAACAGAAGAAGAAUCCGACAGCCAAAGUGGGCACAGGCUAUCCCGCGGCGGUCGUCGAAUGCCAUCCCACGACACGGACGGUUCUGCACCUCCCACGCCCGCUACACCAAGCAGACGCGGCCGUCCAAGAAAGAUUCGUGUCCCUCGUGACGGAGAAACGCAGGAAGAGUUUCUCUUGCGCGUUGCUCGCGAAUCUCACAGGAAGAAGCCGGCGACACCCAAGAAUAAGGACGCAGAGUUUGAAGAGUGGAUGCGUAAGGGUGAUGAAGCCAUCGAACGCGAGCGAUCUCUGUCUUUGAAGCGAGGGGCAUCCGAAGGACCGGAUAGUGAUGUUGCUAGUUCGGCUUCUGGGACUUAUAUGGAUCGUAAGCGGGCUAGAUGGGGUCUUCGAGACUGGAGCGAUGUGCUUGGGGCAGCUGCACUGGCCGGCUUCUCGAGCGAGACCAUUGCUAGAACGGCACGUCGCUGUGCUGACCUCUUUGAGGAGGGUAUGGUGAUUAGGACGCUUAACGAGGUGCCUGUCUCUCAAGGGACAGGUAUCAGCGGUGUCGAGUACCGUCCGGAGUCCAUCCGGCUCUCAUACUCAGACGAAGACCAAGAUGCAGAUGAUGAGAGUGACGGCGCCGCAGACCUUGUACAGCGCCGCGUUGCCUCCAGACAAGCAUCCCUCGCCCGCUCAAGCCGAAGUCCAGACUCACUCGGCAGCCGAAGGUCCACACGAUCACCCGCACCGCCAAAGUCACCGCGUUCCCGGUCAGCAUCAGCAGGUGGACUCGUCUUUUGCCCCGUCGCCUCUUGUGAUCGAGCUGCACAAGGCUUCACCCGCAAGGCUAAUCUACGACGACAUAUUGAGCUCGUGCAUCAGGGUCAGACGGAGGAGAUGGACAGUGAUGAGGAGGUGGCUGGUGGUGUGCAUGUUGAUGGCUUCUUGAGGCCCAUCGUGCCGGGUAGGGGUUGGAGGGGAGAAGAUACGACGCAGAGGAGGAGGAAGAGGUUCUACGGGGACAGGAGCCGUGAGACGAGUGUAAACAAUGAUGCAUCGCCUUGA